GCGCAGCGCAGCGCAGCGCAGGGCGGGCGGGCGGCCGGCCGGCGGCGGCGGCGAUGUGCGGGAUGCUGCUGCUGCUGCUGCUGCUCCUGCCCGUGUGGGGCGCGGCGCGGGCACACGCUGGGGAUCUUACAGUGAGACCCACUUGCAAGCCUGGCUUUUCAGAAGAAGAUUACACCGCCUCGGUUUCCCCGAACAUCGCGGAAGGGCAGAAGUUACUCAAAGUAAAAUUUAAUGGCUGUGUCGGGAACAAGGGAGUUCGGUACGAAACCAACAACUUGGACUUCAAGGUGAGGACAGAUGGGACUGUCUAUGCUGCCCAUCCGGUGCAUACCCCUUCAAAGCAGACAAUGUUUGUGGUGACUGCAUGGGACCACCAAACCCUAGAGAGAUGGGAAACAAUGGUCAGACUGCUGGUGGGAGAGAAGUCUCAACACAGUGGUCACAAGCAAAAAGGAAAGAAGAAUGCAUCUGCUGACCUCAUACAGCAACAGAGUGACACUUUAUUGCCAUGGCGCCAGAACCAAAAUUCGAACGGGCUGAGACGGCAAAAGAGAGACUGGGUCAUUCCACCAAUCAAUGUACCGGAAAACUCGAGAGGUCCUUUUCCACAACAGUUGGUUCGGAUUCGUUCUGAUAAAGACAGUGAGAUCCACAUCAGAUACAGCAUCACUGGAGUAGGAGCCGACCAGCCUCCUAUGGAAGUCUUCAGCAUCGAUCCCGUAUCUGGCAGGAUGUACGUCACCCGCCCAAUGGACAGAGAAGAAAGGGCUUCCUACCAUCUCAGGGCUCAUGCAGUCGAUAUGAAUGGAAACAAGGUGGAGAACCCCAUUGACCUCUACAUCUAUGUGAUUGAUAUGAAUGACAACAGACCUGAGUUUAUAAACCAAGUCUAUAAUGGAUCUGUUGAUGAAGGAUCUAAACCAGGUACCUAUGUGAUGACAGUGACUGCAAACGAUGCAGAUGAUAGUACUACAGCCAAUGGGAUGGUGAGAUACCGAAUUGUAACUCAAACCCCACAGAGUCCAUCGCAGAAUAUGUUUACCAUUAACAGUGAAACGGGAGACAUUGUCACAGUGGCUGCUGGACUGGACAGAGAGAAAGUUCAGCAAUACAUAGUCAUCGUUCAAGCUACAGAUAUGGAAGGAAAUCUUAACUAUGGUCUCUCAAACACAGCAACUGCAAUCAUUACGGUGACAGAUGUGAAUGACAAUCCACCAGAAUUCACUACCAGCACUUAUUCGGGGGAGGUGCCCGAAAACCGCGUGGAAGUUGUAGUCGCAAAUUUGACGGUGAUGGACCGGGACCAGCCCCACUCGCCCAACUGGAACGCCGUGUACCGCAUCAUCAGCGGAGACCCCUCUGGCCACUUCACCAUCCGGACGGACCCCAUCACCAACGAAGGCAUGGUAACUGUGGUGAAGGCAGUGGAUUAUGAGAUGAACAGAGCUUUCAUGCUGACGGUGAUGGUAUCAAACCAAGCUCCGCUGGCAAGUGGAAUCCAGAUGUCCUUCCAGUCUACGGCGGGAGUCACCAUUUCGGUCACGGACGUCAACGAGGCACCGUAUUUCCCAACCAACCAAAAGUUAAUCCGACUGGAGGAAGGGGUGCCCGCGGGGACGGUGUUGACAACGUUUUCAGCCGUGGAUCCCGACCGCUUCAUGCAGCAAGCAGUAAGAUACUCGAAGCUGUCAGAUCCUGCAAACUGGCUGAACAUUAAUGCCACAAACGGUCAGAUCACUACUGCUGCUGUCCUUGAUCGAGAGUCAGCCUACAUUAAGAAUAAUGUCUACGAGGCCACAUUCUUGGCGGCUGACAACGGUAUCCCCCCAGCGAGCGGCACUGGCACACUGCAGAUCUACCUAAUUGACAUCAAUGAUAAUGUCCCGGAGCUGCUGCCAAAGGAGGCGCAGAUCUGCGAAAAGCCCAACCUGAAUGUCAUCAACAUAACAGCCGCGGAUGCUGACAUCGAUCCAAACGUGGGGCCCUUCGUCUUCGAGCUGCCAAGCGUGCCAUCUGCAGUGAGGAAGAACUGGACCAUCACCCGGCUAAAUGGUGACUACGCCCAGCUCAGUUUGCGAAUCAUGUACCUGGAGGCCGGCGUGUACGACGUCCCAAUCACCGUGACAGAUUCGGGGAACCCUCCCUUGUACAAGACAUCUAUCAUUAAAGUGAAAGUGUGUCCCUGUGAUGAGAAUGGAGACUGCACAACCAUCGGGGCCGUUGCGGCAGCUGGACUGGGCACAGGUGCCAUCAUUGCCAUCUUGAUAUGCAUCAUUAUUUUGCUGACCAUGGUUUUGCUGUUUGUGGUGUGGAUGAAGCGCAGGGAAAAGGAACGGCAUACGAAGCAGCUGCUAAUCGACCCCGAGGACGACGUCAGGGACAACAUUCUGAAAUACGACGAGGAAGGAGGCGGAGAGGAAGACCAGGAUUAUGAUUUAAGCCAACUUCAGCAGCCAGAGACCAUGGAUCACGUCUUGAACAAAGCAGCUGGAGUCAGACGGGUAGAUGAGAGACCCGUCGGUGCUGAACCCCAGUAUCCUAUAAGACCAGUAAUCCCCCAUCCUGGGGAUAUUGGUGACUUUAUUAAUGAGGGCCUGAGAGCAGCUGAUAACGACCCCACCGCCCCACCCUACGAUUCUCUCCUGGUCUUUGACUAUGAGGGCAGUGGUUCUACCGCGGGCUCUGUCAGCUCCCUCAACUCCUCCAGUUCCGGUGAUCAGGAUUAUGACUACCUUAACGACUGGGGGCCCAGGUUCAAGAAACUGGCAGACAUGUACGGGGGAGGAGAGGAAGAUUAAACUGACCUCAUAUUGUUGUUAAAAAAAAAAGAAGAAGAAAAAAAAAUUUAAAAAAAAGAUGACGAUGGUAAAAAUAGAGAAGACAAAGAAGCAAGAAGUGUACAGAAGUGGCAGCUUUUUUAAUUAAUAUCCCCUGCUGACUGUAUUAUUUUUAGUGGUGAUUUAGGAGGUUUCUUUUUUCUUUCUUUCUUUUUUUUUUAAUUUUUUUGGGGGGUUUUGACAUUUUGCUGUCUAGCAUGAACACUGGUCUCUGCUGCAUUUUUUUUUUUUUAAACGUCAGCUGGGAUAUCGCUCGUUUAUCCGCUUUAUGACUAAAGAGAGUGAAAGGCACUCUGUCUUAACUUGAAUUUCUUAGAACAGAAGCACUGUUUUUAAAAUAUAUAUAUAUAUAUUUGAAAGUGCCUUUUGGUACAUGUAUCAGAUUCCCUUCAAUCUCAGGAGUGAUCAGAACAAGCAUACAAAAAAAGAAAUGUUUCAACCAUCUUGGGCAACACUCUCUAUGACCCUAAGCCAGUUUUAGCUGGGAAGGAGUUAACAAAACAGAACUGUGGAGAUUGUUUCUUUUUUGCCUUUUUUUUUUUAAAGUGGGUGACUCAUUUUGGGGGAGGGGGAAAACAAGAUGUUUUGAGUCAAAAAUCUUAACAGCCAUCUUUAAGCCUCAGCAGGUGGUGAAUUAGUCAUCAUGUUGUAUAUAAUUCAGUGUUAUCAGAUGCAAAAUAUUGACUGGGGUUCCUUCUGUAACCUGGUCGCACUUGAUGUAGCUGCAUAGAACUAUAGCAUUGAUAAGCCUUUGGUUAUUGCAACAGAGAUCUCCAACAGACCUUGCAUAAACCCUACAGUUAAUCGUGAAAUGACCAAAGGCCCAUUUGUUUGUUUUUUGCUAUCGGCGUGUUUUUGGCUCCCACACCUUAUUGAGUAAUGUAAAUAAUGGCUGGGUUACAUGGUGCUGUCAUGCAUCCCGAAUGGUGCUUGUUAGUAUGAAAACCAAUGCUGUUUCCUUAACGUAACGUAAGGACAUAGCAUAACUCAGGGGUGGGCAAAAUGCGGCCCGCGGGCCGGAUGCGGCCCGCCAAGCCAUUCUGUCCGGCCCGCGGGGCUCCUAAAAAAUUUAGAAAAUUAAUAUUUAUCUGCUCCUGGCUGCCUAUCAUGCAGCCCUCAAUGGUUUGCCAAAACUCAAUAAGCGGCCCUCCGCCCAAAAUAAUUGCCCACCCCUGGCAUAACUGCUUACUUCAAGACUAGGGCUGUAUUAAUAACACGGACAGUUUUAUUAGUACCUUUGCCAUACGUUAGAAUAAAGUUAGUCUAGUCCAGUACUAAUGCCUUGGAGCAUCAGUAGCCAAAGCUCAACAGCAUCAUGGAACCCACCAGAUGUGUGUCCUUUAUAUUUGAUGGAUAGGCACUUCUGUCUAUAUUAAACAUCUUUUGGAAAAGAAAAGCAAGAAGGGCCUAAUAAGUAUUUUGUGGUUAAUAUGCUCAAACGGCGCCAAUUAGGUAAGAGGUUUUGCAGCAUCCAGGCAUAAGUCAACAUCAGUAUUAUAAAUGGUAGCAUACUACCUAGUUUCUAUGUAGGGUCAAUUUAACCAAUAACAAAUAGUUAUUAGCAUUUCUUUUAAUUACAUUUUUCCUUUAUUGAUUUGGACUAGUGGGUUUAUGUCUAAUGUUUGUAAAACAAUUUAGACUGCAUGGAUGUGUAAUAUAAACCACAUUUAAUGGAUUACGAGCCACUUAAUUCAUGUGCUAUGAAAUCUUGGAUUACCUAUGUUUUAUAUUCUGCAGACAAUUUUGCAGUGGGUUCGCUAAAAAAAAAAAAAUUGUAAAAGUGCUUAGAUAUAUUUUCCUUUAAAUCCAAGAAUGUGCACAACAUCAGAAGGUGAUUAUCCGGGGGGAUAAUCGUGCUUUUUUGAUAUGUAGGUUGAUUCUCAAGUUGAAUGCAAAGAGUUAAAAAGGGGGGGAGAGAGGACAGGGGAGAGAGUGUGAGAGAGCGCAUGUGUGUGACAGUGAAUGGCCAUUGCUCAAGAGGGAACUUGAGGCUGCAGGACCAUGUCUAUAGAUUUUUAAAAUGCUCCUAGUGCAUUUUAUAUUUCACUGUAUCAUAUUUUCUAUAAAAUGCAAUUUGUGUAAAUUAACGAGCAUUUGAAAUGUGUCUUGUAUGAAAUGGAAUGUGGUAAAGUCUGCUUGAGGGGACUCAGUCUAUAUGUGUUAUAUUCUUAAUUAAUACGUAUGUGGGGGGGUUUUUUUCUUGGUCGGUUGGUUCAGUUGGUUGAUCCUUUCGCUAUUCAGGAAAAAACAAAACAAAACAAAUGAAAAUGUAUAUACAAGUUACCUUGAGGAAAGGAAUCGGUGAUGGCUAAGACCUCAGGAAACAGUGAUGGCAGCAACAACACAUCGCUGCUGUUCAAAGGGUACUGGCUGUCAGCAGAAGCUACAUCCCGGAUGAAAUGCAGUGCAUGACAAAUUACAGUAUCUGAUGCCUUUCAAAAAUAUUUACUCCAAAGUUGGGAACUCAACCUUCAUCGUGUUGGCACUUGCACAGUCUGAAAACCUUAGUUCACUUCCACUGCAGACCUCCCUCCACCCCAGCACCCUAGUCCAGCCUCCGAUGCUUCACGUGGUCUGUGUCUGCUCUUGUACGCGGGGACGUAACUGCACCCCAUACAGCCGAUCCUUUUUUGAAUUGCAGUCUCCUUGUGCAGGUGGGUUGGGUCUGUGUGUAGCCUGUGUUCCUUAUCUGUGUACUAGCCUGAUCUUUUUCUUUCAUUUCUGAAAAGCCUCAGGCUUAAAUAUAUUAUAAACAGGGUGAUGCACCUCCAUGGAAACUGCCCUUCACAACGAAAAUAGUCAAUAAUAAAAAUGGACUUAGUGUUUCUCAUUGCUUAGUACAUGCCAGUGUUUUGUGUCCAUUACUGUAGCCUCCUCGGCGUCACAGGAGGAAGAAACAAAAGGGGAGAACGGCGUUAUCCAGUGUGAGAGCCACGAGAUGCAAACAGUGCCUGGUUCUCUCUGUCUAGUGCGCUUCUUUGCCUCUCUGCAGAUAACCAGGCCCUGGGAAGCUGUACGUGGAUUAAGUGAAUAGCCACGCAGAGGGUCUCUGCUUCUAAGUCGUGCUAGGCAAACCAGUUGGCACCAGAUGGUCAAUGAGAGUUGUCCAAACAUCAGCUCCAGGAAGUGUAGUGCUCAUUUCCUUUCCGUGCCCUUAGCUGUGGUGAUGGUUUCCCAAAAUCAAAUUGGACAGGUGAAAAUGCCAUGCUCUGAUCACAAGACGCUCUUCUAGAACGUAUGCCGUACCAGUUCAUCUGAUGUCACCAGGGCUGGACAUACAGAAGAGAGCAACACAAUGUUUUCUCGUGGAUGAAGAAUGAGAUGCGGCCGGGGUGAAGCUUGUCUCAAUAUUUAGAUUUCCAAGCCCGAGACUUGGCACAAACAUGGCAUUGAUUUAAACUAAAAUAAAACGGCCUGUUUCUACUGCAAAUUUUUCAGACGUUCUGCAACCAAGAAAGCGCAGCCCUGUGAGCGUGCAUGAGCGCUCAAGAAGGAAGGCAGCGAGGCUGCUAUCUUCUGAUCCAAUUCUGCUCCCCCUUUCUCCUCCACACCCCCUACACGCACGCUCCAUGCAGUCUCUGGGUCAUGUGGGUAGACACGUGGAUAGGAUUUGGCACACUGUUCAAGAGGAAGGAGAAGGUAAGCAAGCCGCGUUACUGGUGAAAACAAAUUAGCUUGCUUGCAGAUUUGUUCGCUUCCAUGAACGUCACUUGUGCUUUGCAACCUAAAGCACGUUGCUUUAUUUUUAAGAUGAUGGUGUCCUUCUAAAGCAGUGGUUCCCAACCUUUUUUUUGCCAUGACCCGCUGCUGGGAGCGGAGCGUGGUGGUGGUAGUGGCAGCCCUGGGGCAAGGUUGGGGGAGCUCCUGGCACGCGGUGCGGUGCGGCGCCACCGGCAUUGCCCCCGCGACUCUCGUUUGGGUCACGACCUAAGGUUGGGAACCACUGGUCUAAAGAGAUGUUGGCUUCAAACCAUUUUUCUGACCCCUCAAUAAAGAUACUUAAGGAAGGGACUGAGGGAGAGGGGGGGUCAUUUGUUUGUUUGAUUUGGGGUUUUAGUUUUUUAGGGGGGGCUGGCAGUAGUACACACAUAACGAGCUCACUAGUAAAAGAAGUGGAGUCCAGGCAGGAGAUCUUCCACUUCCCAUGGGAAGAUGACUAAAAGUGCGCUGGCUUUAGGAAGAACGGACUUACCCUUCCCUGUACCAUUGUGCCGUACUUCCCAUUUCCCCAUCUCUACCUAUUACCACAUUAAUCGACACUACUGCGCCUCUCACCUUUACCUAGGGCCAGGAGAUGGGGAGCUGUCUGACCAGUAAGGAGCAUGUUUGAAUGUAGAGCUGAAGGCAGCCUCCCUUCUCUGAAAGACCAAGGUUGCAGGUAGGCUCUGAGCAUGGGAUCAGACACAUCGGAGGUCACUCUGUCGGGACGGCCUUGAGGCCCGAACCCACCAGGCCAGGGACGUAGUGUCAGGAAACAACAGGUUUAUUAUGCAGCAUGGAAAAGUGACACCGGCAACGAAACACGUACAGCAAAGAGGAGCCCUCCGCAGAAGACUGUUAACAGUAAAUGGGCAACACUGUGCUACUCGCUGUCCUUACGUCCUCCUCUCAUAGGUCUGUUUCUUUCUUUUUUUUCUGGGUUUCUUUUCUUUUUUUUUUUUUUUAGCCCACAAGAUCUGUUUUAGGGCUGCAAGCGAAAUCCAUGCUCAUGCCAUUGACCAGUACAAAGCCGCCGCACCGCUCAAAUCCUCCUUACGUGGGAUUUCGGUUGUGCUCGACCCUGACCUUUCCCGUAAGGGUUAGGUAAGAACGAUGUGAUCUGCGGGUCUUGCUCUAGCUGCUCACACAGGGGUAAACGUCAUCUGUUCAGGAUUGCUGUGGUCCAUGCAGGGUCUGUGUAACGCGGGAUACGGGGAGUGCAUCCUUGAUUGGUCUCAAGUAUAACGAAGGUCACCUACCUGGAAACGGUGGGAGCUUUAUUUGUAACGUCUUCUGGAACCGCUUCAGUGCAAAUUUAAACAUUGUGGGAGGGGGGCGGUAGCACUGCCAUAUGUUUAAGGCCUAGACCAUGUAGCUUUCUCCCAAAGUCAUCUCAGUUUUACAGGGAAAACAAAGAGUUAUCUCAAGUACACCCAAAACCACCUAGAAUUCCUCACCACAAUGUGUACAUAAUGUAGUUAUUGCUCGAAGCUACAAAUCAAGUAAGGCGGGGGGGAGAAAAAAGCACCCACACAUACAUAUGUGUAAUUGGAGCGCUGUUUUUUUAUUAUUAUUAUUAUUAUUAUUUUGCAUGUUUCCUUUUACAGUGGACAAACUGUGUAGCAGCCCGCAUGACUGUGGUUGUUUUCAAGGAAGACUUCUGGUGUUCUGAUGUGUUCAUGCUGAAACGCAAAACCAACUGCGUCAGUUAAACAAAUUUAAAAAACGGGGAAAAAAAACAAACAAAAAAACCCUUUUUUUGUAACCGUCAACAGCACAAAUAUUUUGUAUUGUUGUUUGUACCAUUUUUGUACCAAAAACAAAAGAGGAAAAAAAAAAAAAAAGGGAAGCGAGUAAAUGUUUUCAAUGUGUUUUUAGUGCCACCGCAAUCUUGGUUCAAAACUGAGUAACAGCUUUGCUGAUUUAUUGUGUAUCAAAGCUGAACUGGCGUAUUGGCGCCUUGUUCCAGUGUAAUAAAUAAAGUCCCCCUUUUAAA